AUGAUUGCAGUACACCACCACCCCACUGGACUGCUUAAGACAGCUAAAAGUGUUGGAUUUCAAUAUCCUACUACAUUAAGAUUAUUCCACAUCGGUUAUGUUCUAGGCGUAAUAUAUGGAUUCUUGUUCUCACUCAUCUUAACAGCGAGAGAAAACUACUACUCAGAUGCUAGUCUAAUCAGUAGCAUCGUACUUGGAGUUAUCAUCUCUGAGACAGGAUUAUUUAUCAGCUUUUUCUGGGGAGUAUAUACUACGAGUUGGACUACUGGUUUAGAUCUUGAAGAUCUUGAAGGUCUUUGUUUACCGGAUCCAAGUUCUCUUGUGCUUUUCAUGACCAUCAUGUUAAGUGCAUUAAGUAUAGUGGUAUCCAGCGUAUAUUUGAAAAACCAACAUUUGUAUACAAGCUGUACGAAUAUCAUGACAUUCACUUUGGUAGUCGCCUUCUUAAUGUUAGUCUGUACGGAAUACACGGAUCGGAUUCUUGUUGGCCUGGCACCUGUUUAG